UUUAGAGCAGGAAUUCAGGAAAUUUCCUGAAGUCUACUCUCUUAUCUAUAAUUUGGUGUUUCACUUGUUUGUCUUGAAGUUUGUCUAUUAAUGGUGCUCUAGCUAAAUAAUAAAUUACUUGAAUAGUAUAACUUGAGUGUUCCUAUAAUUAAAGAUGCCGGCGAAUCUAACAGACAAUCUCAUUGAUAAGUCAGAACCUUUGAUGUUGGAUUCCAAUGAGCGACAAGUAAAAUUUAUUAUUUUAAAAACUCUCCGGCAACGAUUACGUGUUAAACUUGAACUGGACAAUGUGAAAGAUUACGAUUGCUUCGAAAAAGUUGAUAAUUUUGAUCUAAAUUCGUACCAAUUCACGUACGAGCAUAAUAAUAAAAGUUUUCUACUGGAUUUUCUCCCUACUCACGUGAUCCUCACUAAUCGAGAAACCGGCGAAGGCAGAGCGAUUUUUUACGAUGACCAUCCCCUGUACCUUCUAAAUGAGCAGGCGCAAGUAGUCGAGUCCGAUAACACUUUAGGAGCCGUUGCUCGGUUAUAUGCAAAAAUCCUUGGAAAAUUCGGUAUAGAAAUGCUAACUUCGAAGGAAUAAUCGUUGCCAAUAAAUCAAAAAUAUGAUAGCCGUUGUUUUUUUUCUACCGGAUUCGAUUAACAGUGAAAGACUGAAAGUAUUCUAAGUACCUAUAGCCACGAAAUUCAAUACACAGUUGUUACUUAUUCUU